AUGCCAGGCAUCGUCGAAACUCCCACGGCUACCAGCGCGGCGCCAGCCUGGUCUUCGCGAGACUUCACCGUCGCUCAUCAGAGACUGGAACUAGAGGUCGACUUUGCUACGAAAAGUUUGAAGGGAAAGACCGAAAUUACCAUUCAUCCGCAUCAUAGAGAGUUCCGGGUCAUCAAGCUCAAUUUUCGCCAGGGCCAAAUCAAACGGUUGAAUGUUAAUGGCAAAGUAGUAUCGGCAUUCAAGUACACGGAUACCCAUUCGGCUCUGAACCUAUACGGCGUUCAAUAUCACCAGCGGCUCUCUGACAGAAUCGAAAGUCUGCUCAACCCGCAGACAGAACCCGAGCUUGUCAUUACUUUACCGAAAACUCUGAAAAUCGAAGAGCUAGAUCCAUUUUCUGUUGAUGCCCAAGAUCGACUGGCUCUCCGAUCCUCUAUUGCAAACGCAGAUGACGGCGAUGGUCCGAGUCUGAAACCAGCCGAAACUUCCCUACCCCGGUACACUGCGCUCACAGUCAACAUUGAGUUUACGGUAGACAACAUUCGGGAAGGGCUGCAGUUUGUUGGGGUCGAUAGUGGCGAUAGGCGAUAUCCGCAUGCCUACACAACAAAUUCCACUGGGUCUGGUGCUGGUAGCUGUCUUUUCCCGUGUGUCGACGAUCCAAUAGUACGAUGUCCGUGGGACGUGACUAUCAAGUGUCCUUGCUCUUUGAACGCCAUCUUUGAACGCAAGGGGUUGGAAACAUGGAAAAGUCUUGGAACGAACAAGAAUCGGCCGGGUAAUCUUUCUGAUGAUGACAGCACACUGGACAUGACUGUUGUCUGCUCAGGCGAUACGACUGAUGAAAUCGUGGAUCCCAAGGACUCAUCUAAAAAGAGUGUUUCCUUUUCGAGCAUCGCGAACAUCUCCGCUCAGCAGAUUGGUUUUGCUGUAGGGCCAUUCGAGCACGUCAAUUUAUCACAAUUUCGCGAAAGUGAUCAAGAUGAUCAGCUUGGUGACAAUGCAGUUCCCGUGGAUGCAUAUUGCCUUCCGGGCAGGGCAAAUGAAGUCAAGAAUACGUGUUUUCCAAUGGCGAAAGCUAUCGACUACUUUUCGGUGACAUACGGCUCGUAUCCCUACUCGGGCUUCAAUCUCUGUUUUGUGGACGACGCGGCUUGCGACACGGCUUCAACAGCGUCUCUUUCAAUAUGUAGCAACCGCCUGCUAUUUCCUGAGAAUAUUAUCGAUCCUAUCUAUGACUCGACAAGAAGUCUGGUUCACGCUCUAGCUUCUCAGUGGAUAGGCGUGAGUCUCAUCCCAAGAGAUGUUACGGAUACCUGGGUUACGGUUGGUAUGGCCUAUUACAUAACCGAUACAUUUAUGAAAAAGCUAUGCGGAAACAACGAAUAUCGUUUUCGCAUCAAACAAAUGUCGGAUCAGGUCUGUGACCUCGAUUUCGAACGACCUUCCAUCCAUGACAUGGGAGUUAUCUUGAAACUUGAUCCAUCCGAAAUGGAAUUCGUUGCCUUGAAAGCUCCUCUGGUGCUCUUUAUUCUUGAGCGGCGCCUUUUCAAGGCCAGCGGGAAGCCGACUGUGUCACGAAUCAUCAGUCGUCUACUUCUCAAUAACCGUAUGGGAGACCUGACGAAUGGAGCUGUGAGCACCACCGGAUUUAUCAAGCUGUGUGAAAAGUUUGGACAUUGCAAAUUGGAAGUGUUCUUUCAGCAGUGGGUCUUCGGUGCCGGUUGCCCUCGAUUCACGGCUUCUCAACGUUUUAACAAGAAGAAAUUGGUUGUGGAGAUUAUGAUUAAACAGUCACAGGGAGAUCCACAGCCACCUAGAAACCUCGAAAAAUCAUCAUUCUUACGAGAUAUGAAGGAAGAGAUUCGCAGCGUUUACGCAGCGCCCGUUCAGCCUGUCUUUACCGGAUCAAUGACGAUACGGAUCCACGAGGCUGAUGGCACUCCAUAUGAACAUAUCGUUGAGAUAAAAGAGGCUAUCACUAAGUUUGAGGUACCAUACAACACCAAAUACAAGAGGCUCAAACGAAACAAACGGCAAAAAGAACGUGUGACGCAAAAUACAGGAGGUGAUUCCACUGCAGAAGCACAAGACGACGUUCUUCUCUACUGUCUUGGCGAUGUUCUCCAGACUGAGGACGACAUGCAGGAAUGGAGAUUGUCAGAUUGGAGCAAAGAGGAGGAAGAGCGCAUGGGUCAAGAGUCCUAUGAGUGGAUUAGGAUGGAUGCCGACUUCGAAUGGAUUUGCAGGAUGUCCUUGGGCAUGCCAGGUUACAUGUAUUUGUCGCAGUUGCAACAAGAUCGGGAUGUUGUUGCGCAACUAGAGUCCAUGCAAUACAUGGCCAUUCAAAAAGCCCAUCCUCUGAUAUCUACGAUAUUCGUCCGAACGCUGAUGGACAAGCGAUAUUUUCACGGCAUCCGCACCGCAGCUGCUAAUGCACUAGUAAAACACGCAAAGGAGGAGCUUGACUGGCUAGGUCUUUACCAUCUUGAGAGAGCAUUUCAAGAAUUAUUCUGUCUUCCAGGGACUCACGUGACGCGUGACAAUGAUUUCUCUGACCAAGCAUCUUACAUACUUCAAAAAGUGAUUCCUGAAGCAAUAUCACGCGUUCGUGAUAACAAUGGAAAGACGCCGCUUAGAGUAAAGCGUUUCAUCUUCGACAAGCUCAGAUUUAGCGACAAUUCAAAUAACGAGUACUCUGACAACUUUUACAUUGCCUCUCUCAUGACGUCCUUAGUCAAUGCUAUGGAAGGCAGCCAAGCAGAAUCAUCAUCUUUGAACGAGAUGGAAUUUGACAUGGAAAAGGAGCUCGAACGCCAAGCAGAAGAGAAGCUCGAGCGAGACGUUAUCACGGAAAUCGAUAGAUAUAGGCGCAUGGACGAAUGGUCCAGUUCUUUUCAGAAUAUUUACUCAAGGACUGCCUUGCACUGCCAAUUGAAACUCACGAAAGCCAAGAUUAUGGACCUUGAUUUGAUUCACUUUCUACAAUAUACCCGACCUGGAACUUUUGAUAUGCUGCGAAUGGAGGCAUUUGACUGUCUGGUGGAGCUUGACAUCUUCAAAACGCCCGAACUCCUCAAAUGGUUCAUAUUCAAUAUGUCCUCAGAUAGCUCAGCGUGGAUCCGUCAUCGACUCCAUUGUCUGUUCGGUAGGGCGCUUGCUUCUGUCGCUUUUGGAAGCGACGAACCUCUGAAUGAGCCUACAAAGAGCGAGGGCUUGAUUAUCGAACAAGAAUCUACGACCGAUGUACGUCGAGCGGAUCUAGCCAGGAAACAAACCAUGUCUGGAGCUUUGGAGGCACUCAAACAAGAGUUGGGACAAAAUGUCACAUUGAAGGAGGCUCUAUGGGCUGCAAGCAAUUCCUCAUGCAUAGACACUAUGGAGUUAUCCAACUUUGCCGAUCUGUGCCGAGUUCUCUAUGAUGCAAAAGUUUCUGUUCCUGUGAGGUUGAAGUACCCUCGGUACUGGAAAUGCCAGCGCGUCGAACGUGGUUUGAUGCGAUUCUACAAAUCCGAGAGGUUCCGUGUAUCCCUCACUCCUUCCAAAGACGCCACCGGAGCCGCAGCAGCAGUCGCAGGCGCAAAACGCAAACGCGAAGAACAGUCCAUGCCACCCCCCGGUCCUCGCAUCACUUUCAAACAAUCCAAAUCCAGUCUUGACAUUCAUCAAAACAUCAACAACAUCCCUCCUGCCCCAACUCCUGCAGCUCCUCCUCCUCCUCCUCCACCAGCGUCUAUUUCCACUCCUCAAUCCGAACAACCGCGCAAACUGACCAAAUUACGUAUCCCCAACUUCAUCGCUAUGCCUCCUCCUGCUCCAGUAACACAAUCCCCCGCCACGACUCCAUCAACUCCCGGUGGGUUCAAAUUGAAACUCAAGUUUGGCGCUCAAAAAUGA